AUGCAUUGUUCAAUAAAUGAACAGGUAGAGCUGCACACAGUAGUACAAAUAAAUAGAACUCACAACUAUUUCUUCAUUCUGCAUAUUUCAAUCAAUGCGUUUGUAAUUAAAAUAAAAUGGGUAUCGUACAAAAAAUUACUAAAUAUACAGAUUCGUAUAAUUGAGAUAGUGUCGAGCAUGUUACCAGGAGAUGCCAGGUUGGUCAAGCGUUUCAAUUUACAAAUCAAAUUCGAGCGAAACACUGUAAUACUCUCAUAUCUUUUCCCUCGAGUUCGCUUUGUAAUGCAAUCCAGAGUUGUUUAUUCAAGAGCUGUUAAUUUGAAUUUCCAUAUUUUGCAUCCAAUUCACCGAUUCCCAGUCUCUCAAUAUUUCUCAUAUUUCUGUAUUUUU